UUCACGGCUGCGGCUCGGCACGAUGUCCUCAGCUCGUAGAUGCUAUUCCGAUAUAAUUCACGGUUAACUUUCUUCUGAGCACCUAGUUACGCGAAUGGCGCGCCGCAUGAGUCUGUCGAGGAAGCUCACGUUUUAAUGUCGCUGUCUUAAACGGAAGGUUUUUUACGAAGCCGAUUGAAAGGACAGCUCAUGAAGUUCAUUCACCAGACCUCUGUUGUAAGGUUGUGAAGUUGUAGUCAUCUAAAAUGGCUGUGUUGCGACAGUUUGGAUUACUUCUCUGGAAGAACUACGUUCAGCAAAAGCGUCAGAUCCUGGUCACGCUGGUGGAGAUUGCCCUCCCCCUCCUUUUCUCUGCCAUCCUCAUCGUGUUGAGGCAGAAAGUGUCCUUCACCAACUACCCCAAUGUCACGCACUAUGAGAGCUUCUCGCUGGACGGUCCCCCCUUCCAUCUCCCCAUGGGUCUACAGCUAGCCUACGUGCCGGCCAACUCCAGCGUCGUCCGGCAGGUGGCCGAGGACGUGCAGCUCACCCUGGACAAGGGCUUCAUCGCCGCGGUGCGUGGAUUCGAGACCGAGGAGUACUUUGAGGAAUUUGUGAAGACAGACCCCGAAUCGGGCAAGAUCCUGGCGGCGGUGGUCUUUGAGCACUCCUUCAGCCACGACGACGAGCCUCUGCCCCUGCAGGUGCACUAUCACCUGCGUUUCACAUAUAGUCCCCGAAAUGCUCCCCCCAAGGAGAAGUCAGAGCUCAACCCCAAUAACGACCUGGACUGGCACACGGCCAGCUUGCUCCCGCUCUUCCAGCUGCCCGGACCUCGAGAGCAGCACGAUCCCCAUGGAGGCACCCCAGGUUAUUUCCGAGAGGGCUUCCUGAUGGUGCAGCACGCUGUGGACCGGGCCAUCAUGAAGGCCUACAACAGGACGGCGGCUACCGCCCUCCUCACACAGACGCGAGUGGUGCUGUCGCGCUUCCCCUACCCCGCCUUCAUCUACGACGUCUUCAUCUUGGCCAUCCAGAACCAGCUUCCUCUGCUGCUCGUGCUCAGCUUCACCUACACCUCCCUCAACAUCGUUCGCGCCGUGGUGCAGGAGAAAGAGAAGAAACUGAAGGAAUACAUGAGAAUGAUGGGUCUCAGUAACUGGCUGCACUGGAGUGCCUGGUUCCUCAUGUUCUUUCUCUUCCUCUCCAUCUCCAUCUUCUUCGUCACCUUGCUCUUCUGUGUCAGGGUGAGUCCCAAUGGCGCUGUCCUGACCUACAGUGACCCCACGCUGGUGUUCAUCUUCCUGCUGGUCUUUGCCAUGGCAACCAUCAGCUUCAGCUUCAUGAUCAGCUCCUUCUUCUCCCGCGCUAACGUCGCAGCAGCAGCAGGCGGCUUCAUUUACUUCUUCAGCUACCUGCCGUACCUCUUCCUCUGGCCACGCUAUGACCUCCUGUCCCACUCCCAGAAAGUGUCUGCCUGCCUCAUCUCCAACGUGGCCAUGGCUAUGGGAGCGCAGCUCAUCGGCAUGUUUGAGGGCAAAGGGGUAGGGAUACAAUGGAGCAACCUUUUUGAGGCGGUUACCGUGGACGACGACUUCUCGCUGGCUCAGGUUCUGGCGCUACUGCUGUUAGAUGCCUUGCUGUACAGCCUGGUGACCUGGUACGUGGAGGCCGUCUUCCCCGGCGAGUACGGCGUGCCCCGGCCAUGGUACUUUUUUGUGCUGCCCUCAUACUGGUGCAGCAGCCCGCGGGUCGCCCUGCUGAAGGAGAAGGAGGAAGAGGAGGAUGCAGAGAAGGCGCUGAAGGGCGAGUUCAUCGAAGAGGAGCCAUCUGGACUGGUCUCUGGGGUCAAAAUCAAGCACUUGUCCAAGGUUUUCAGAGUGGGCAACAAGACGAAAGAGGCAGUGAAGGAUCUCACUGUGAACAUGUUUGAGGGCCAGAUCACUGUGCUGCUGGGACACAAUGGAGCUGGGAAAACCACUACGCUGUCUAUGCUGACUGGCUUGUUUCCUCCCAGCGGUGGGCGGGCCUACAUCAACGGCUACGACAUCUGCCAGGACAUGGCCCUGAUCCGUCGCAGCCUGGGCCUGUGCCCCCAGCACGACGUGCUCUUCGACAACCUCACUGUCCGAGAGCACCUGCUCUUCUACACCCAGCUGAAGGGCUACCCCCGUGAGAAGAUUCCGGAUGAGGUGGAUCGGAUCAUCCGAAUUCUAAACCUUGAGGACAAGACGAAUGCGCGGUCCAAGACCCUUUCCGGUGGCAUGAAGCGGAAGCUUUCGAUCGGGAUCGCCCUCAUCGGAGACUCUAAGGUGGUGAUGCUGGAUGAGCCCACAUCAGGUAUGGACCCGUCGGCCCGCCGUGCCACCUGGGACCUGCUGCAGGGUGAGAAGCGUGGCCGCACCAUCCUGCUUACCACGCACUUCAUGGACGAGGCCGACCUGCUGGGCGACCGCAUCGCCAUCAUGGCGGGCGGUGAGCUGCAGUGCUGCGGUUCGCCCCUCUUCCUCAAGAACAAAUACGGUGCUGGCUACCACAUGGUGAUAGUGAAGGAUGCACUGUGCAAUGUAUCGGCGAUCACCCACCUGGUGCACAUGUACGUCCCCAAAGCCACCCUGGAGAGCAGCGCUGGGGCUGAACUCUCCUACAUCCUACCCAAGGAGAGCACCAGCCGAUUUGAGCUCCUGUUUGCUGAGCUUGAGAUGAACAGAGAGGAGUUGGGCAUUGCAAGCUAUGGAGCCUCGGUUACCACCAUGGAAGAGGUUUUCCUUAGGGUAGGGAAGCUGGUUGACUCCAGUCUGGACAUUCAGGCCAUCCAGCUUCCAGCCCUGCAGUACCAGCAUGAGCGCAGGUCACAUGACUGGACAGUGGAUGAUGCCAGCAGCAUCAGUGGCCUGACUGACGUGACGGACUUCACUGACAGCGGGACACUAAUCUCAGAGGACUGCUCCAACAUCAAACUCAACACAGGAGCCAAACUGUACAUGCAGCAAUUCUACGCCAUGUUCCUGAAGAGGGCGCUGUACAGCUGGCGGAACUGGAAGGUGAUGGUGGCACAGUUCUUGGUGCCUCUUAUCUUCACUAUAGUGUCCCUGGUGGUGGCCCGUAGUUUGCCUGGUCAACACAACAGCCCCCAGCUCCCUCUGGCCCUGAGCCGCUACGGCCCUACGACUGUGCCUGUGGCCCUGGACGCCAACGCGGGAACCCUGGCUACAGCACUGGCCGAGGUCUACUCCGCGCAGCUUCCUGCUCAGAGUGCCACACCCACUACCAAUCUAACUGAUUUCUCGGAGUAUGUGCUUUACAACUCUAAGAGGGAGGGCGGAGCCUUCAACGAGCACUGCGUGGUGGGCGCAGCUUUCCGAGGCCGAACCGGCAAGUUCGCUGAGCUCACAGGCUACUUCAACAACCAGGGCUACCACACGUCAGCCACUGCUCUCAUGCUGGUGAACAAUGCACUCUACAGGCUGUUGGCUGGACCCAACGCCUCCAUCCAGGCAGGGAACAAGCCCAUGCCCCGCAACAUGUCUGAGACGGCCCAGAGCCAGCUGUCAGAGGGCCAGACUGGCUUUGCCAUCUCCAUUAACCUCAUGUACGGCAUGGCGUCCCUGGCCAGCACCUUUGCUCUGCUCUUGGUGAGCGAGCGCACCGUGAAGUCCAUGCACGUGCAGCGUGUCAGCGGCGUCUACCUCUCCAACUUCUGGUUCUCCGCUCUGCUCUGGGACCUGAUCAACUUCCUGCUGCCUUGUCUGCUCAUGCUGGUGGUGUUCCAGGCAUUCGCAGUGAAGGCCUUCGUAGAGGAGAAUCACCUGGUGGAUGUGCUGCUGCUGCUGCUGCUCUAUGGCUGGGCCAUCAUCCCCUUCAUGUACCUGCUCAGCUUCCUGUUCUCCAGCGCUGCCACCGCCUACACACGUCUCACCAUCUUCAACAUCAUCAGCGGCACAGCCACCUUCCUGGCCGUCACCAUCAUGACCAUCCCCGAGCUGCACCUCCAGGAGCUUUCGCAUCUGCUGGAUAAAAUCUUCCUGCUGUUCCCCAACUACUGCCUGGGCAUGUCCUUCAGCCAGUUCUACCAGAACUACGAGACCAUCCGAUUCUGCACCACCAGCUUCUUCACGAAGGAAAUCUGCCACUUCUACAACAUAACCUACCAGCUGAACUACUUCUCCAUGGAGGAGCCUGGGGUGGGCCGUUUCCUGGUGGCCAUGUCCCUGCAGGGAGUAGUCUUCCUCGUGCUGCUCUUCGCCAUCGAGCUCCGGUGCGUGCGCGUGCUGCUCAGCAUCUGCAGGAGACACAGGAAGGGUGUGCUGGCUGCAGACGAGGCUCUUCAGCCAGAGGACAGGGAUGUGGCUGAGGAGAGAAAGCGGGUUUUGGAGUGCCAGCCUGUGGUGGAGUCCAUGGUGGGCAGCCCUCUCAUUCUCCAGGAACUCACCAAGGUGUACCCGGGGAGUCAGUCCCUGCUGGCUGUGGACCGCUUGUCCCUGGCUGUUGGGAAGGGGGAGUGUUUUGGCCUGCUGGGUUUCAACGGUGCAGGAAAGACCACCACCUUCAAAAUGCUGACCGGAGACGAGACGGUGACCGCAGGCGACGCCUUCAUUGAUGGCUACAGCAUCCUCCGAGAUGUGAAAAAGGUGCAACAACGGAUCGGCUACUGCCCACAGUUUGACGCGGUGUUGGAUCACAUGACAGGGCGGGAGACGUUGAGCAUGUAUGCCAGGCUCAGAGGCAUCCCGGAGAAGUACGGCUCAGCCUGCGUGGAGAAUGUGCUCCGCUCUCUCCUUCUGGAACCCCACGCGGACAAAUUGGUCCGCAGUUACAGUGGUGGCAACAAAAGGAAACUGAGUGCCGGAAUGGCUCUGAUUGGUGGGCCACCUGUCAUCUUCCUGGACGAGCCAUCCACUGGCAUGGACCCUGUUGCCAGGCGCUUGUUGUGGGAUGCAGUCACACGCACCAGAGAAUCUGGCAAAGCUAUUGUGAUCACCUCACACAGUAUGGAGGAGUGUGAGGCCUUAUGCACUAGGCUGGCUGUGAUGGUCAAUGGGCAGUUCAAGUGUCUGGGUAGCCCACAGCACCUAAAGAGCAAAUUUGGCAGUGGCUACACACUAUUGGCCAAAGUCCAUUUGGAGCCGGAUUUAGAGGAGAUGGAUCUCCAGCUCUUCAAAGACUUCAUUGAGAGCACGUUCCCUGGAAGUUUACUGAAAGAUGAACAUCAAGGGAUGGUACACUACCACUUGACUGACAAAACACUAACCUGGGCUCAGGUGUUUGGGACCCUAGAGGCGGCUAAAGAGAAGUACAGCAUUGAGGACUACUGUGUGAGUCAGAUCUCAUUAGAGCAGGUGUUCCUGAGCUUUGCCCAGUUCCAGCACUGUUCGGAAGGCCAGAAAAAAUGACAACAAGCGGAGAGGUGAACCAGAAUUUUCCUCAUCGUCACCUUGUUGAGGUACAGCCUGGGCUGAGAGAAGCUCCUCUACACACUCAGGUCUCAGACAGUCUCCUCCUCUUCCCCAUUACAUGAACACAAAGGUAUCAGCCACCGUACUGCACUGGAGAUUUACCCACAUGGGAUCUUGGACAGUACCGUGAAGAUCUGAAAGAAGCAUGCAGUUUUGUUUAAAGUGUGUGUGUGUGUGUGUGUGUGUGUGUGAACUGCGUGUUUGUGUGGAAAGGAACAUUAUCCAAACCAAGUAUGACAGUAAGUCUUUGAUGUCACACCUACUGUGUCUUUUUGAGUUUUAGAGACUGUAUCAGUGCUUGGGGCUGGAAGGUGCUUCUUUUUGCAUCAUGGUUGUCAGUGAUGAACUGGGCUGACGGUGUGUGCGCCCUUGUGUGAAGCCAAUUGAGCUCCAUGCUUGAGCUGUGUAUGAUGUUGUUGUUUUCUCCUUUUUUCUUGCUAUAGUCUUAAAUUUGAAGAUAUCUACUGAAAAAUGGUUACUAAAUCAGAAAAAAAUCCAAUAAAACAAUAACUGAAGUACUUACAAACUUAGUCUCACUGAGCGUUGUAAAAUGUUAAGGAAUAUUUUCUGUUCACCCAUGUAUGUAAAAGCAAGUAGCAUUGCUACAAAUAUAGUGUAUUAUAUUCAUAGCAAUGUAGCUGUUUGCUUUCGGAAAAAAAUGGAGUUAUUUUAACUUUCAUGAAGAGAUAUGCACAAAUAUGCAUGUGGAAAUUUAAUGUUCUCUUAUCCCUACUACAUUAUUGCACAUAUAUUUGUCUCCACUAGUAACAUUUUUCUAAAGAAGCAGUCAUUUUGAUAGUCAGUUUUCCAUAUUCUUGAGAUAAAGUACAGGUAAUACUGGUAGUGAAUAUUACUUUUUCCUAUUUAGUCAGGCCAAUUAACUGAAUUGGAGUGAGUUUCCAAAAAUGUGCUGUAGUUUAUCACAUGACAAUAGACUGAGAAAUGCUCUAAGCACUCUAAUGUUUAAUAUUAAAAACACAAUGCUUUUGGGAAACUGCUAUGUGAAAAAUGACCACAGUUUAAACCAGGUGCUACUCUUUCAGCUGUUAAGACAUCAUGCGUGGUUCCUCUCACUAUGUUCUGUUUUGUGAGCCUUAAGUAUGUAAGGGAGCGUACCAUAUGUGGGAAAGGGAAUGUACAAUCUGUGUGUUGUGUGUCUGUGUCACAAUGGCUGAACAUGCUGUUCAAAUGACAGUCUUUCAACUGACACUGUACAGAUAUAUUUGUAACAUGUAUAGCUAGCUGUCUUGUUCAUUGUUGAUAGCAGUGGAAAGGCAAUUUUCUUUUUUUUUGGUGGGGGGUGUAACAACAUAAAUGCACUGUUACGAUGCAUAUACACCACUUGUGAAUGUUAUUUCAGUGUAGUUUCACAGCAUAAUUCUGACCAGCUGAAGCAGUUCUGGCAUGUGAGAGGUGCACUACUGAUAUGGACCGAUCUGUUUGGCCUGCUUCCAUCCUGCAAGAGCCUCAGUAAUGAUUUUAUGCUCUCCAUCUUAAAAAUCAAUCUAAUGAAAAAUGUUCUAAUGAAUUAAGACUUGUGAUUGUAGAUAAAUGCCUUUUGUCCAAAGCUUCUACUGUGCACUCACUAAUUUUUGUGACUGGACUGGUUCCCUCCUAAUGUACUGACUAGUUUUGUGAGGUAUCGGCUCAUAUUUUAAUGUCUAACUCAUUCUGAGGCAUGAGUUAGUAAAUCUUAGAACAUAUGACACAAUCUCUAUUUUGUGUGAAACUGGUUAAACACCACUACUGUUUCACUGACCAUAACAUAAGACUGUGGAGGGGAUUUUGGUUGGUGUCAGGGGUUAUGAGCUCUAUCCAUUGUUUGAUUCAGUAAUAGUGGAAAGUGCCACCCCCUCAAGGACAGUCCUCCAGUUCUCUAAUGGUGAGAAACAAACUGUGUUUUGGUUUUUGUUUUUACUUCUCAUUCAUUAUUUGUUUUUUCUUUCUCAUUUGUGUGUUUGCACAAUAUACUAACUUUAAUAUUUGAGCUGCUUUUUGGGGGAAAACAGCUUUCUCAUUUUUGAGGUAAGAGGAUAUGAAAGUGAACUUGAAACUGUUUUAAGGUCAUGGCAAUGUUGAAAAAUGUACCAUGAAGGGAAAAGGGAAUUGUGGUUCUGUGUACUGUUUUACUGAAUUAACCUUGUCUAAUAUGUAUGUAUUGCUGUUUUCUUCUUUCUUUUUUAAUUAAACCUGCCUUAUGUAAA